AUGAAAGCAAUCGUUAUUGUUGUUCUCUUAGCUAUCACAUAUGCUGCUGAUCCAGAAUAAUGUUUGAAAGAGAGAUGUCCAAAUGAAUAUGCUGCCUGUUAAAAGGAAGUAUUUGGAUGUGCAUCUGCAGCAAUGAAAUGUAAAAAUCAAUGUGGAGGUGAUGAUGCUGAAUGCAUGUUGAAUUGUGCUUUAGCUUCAAAGAAUGCCAAAUUGAUUGCAUUGUAAAAACAUAAAUUAAUUUAAGGGCUCAAUGUGGACAUGAGAAAUGUUCAGAUGUUGCUGUAUCAUUUUGUGAUGUUGAAGGUUGUGUUGCUUCUUUCAAGAAUGAAUGUACCUAAACUCUAGGAUUAAAAUCAUUCUAAUGUGCUUCAACAUUCCUUGAGAGACAUUCAGAAUGUUCAUGUGUAACUGAGUUCUGAU